UGCAAGAGAAAGAGAGGUGUAUAACAAGAGGUAUACCUGAAGAGCAGCAGCCCAUCCAAUCAGGAAUGAUGCAAUCCAGAAUUUCUUGUCUUUUAAAAGCUUCCUGGCCUCCAUUUCCCAAAAACCCUUAAACCCUAAUCCCAAAUUCAAUCAGAAUCAGUUCCAAUUCCAGAGACAGAAACCUUGAAAAGGGUGAAGCUUUUUGGGCCUAUUGGAUCAGAAUCAGACAUGGGCCUCCAAUAGAAUUCAUUAUUUGUGGGCUCAAAACCCAAAAGACUUGAACUUUAAACCUCAAAAGUUAAAACCACCACAAAAGCAGAGCCAUUUUAAUAAAAUUUGGCACCAUAAUCAUGAAACAAUUCCAUGCAGCUACCAAGAAUUAUCAACACUAUCUUGGCCUAUUCUCUUCAUGCAAAGAUUUGAAGUCCCUGCUUCAAAUCCAUGCCCAAUUGAUAGUCUCAGGUCUCCAACAACACCCUUCCACACUGACCCAUCUCAUAAAUUCCUACUCUUCCUUCCAAAGAUGUAAUUUUUCGCGCUCAGUUUUCAAUUCUGCGCAAAACCCAAGUGUUAGAUUAUGGAACUACAUGAUCAGAGCUCAUACCAGAGCAAAAGAAUUCAAACAAGCUCAAGAAAUGUACCAUUCUUUGUUAAAGCUAGGUCUAGAGCCAGACAAGUAUACCUUCAACUUUGCCCUGAAGGCUUGCACUGCUGCAUUGGAUUUUGAAGAGGGUGUAUUGGUGCACCGUGAAGUAGAGCGUAAAGGGUUAGAGUAUGAUGUGUUUAUUGGGACCAGUCUGAUUGAUGUGUAUUGUAAAAUGGGGGAGGUGAAAUGUGCAGGAGAGGUGUUUGAUAGAAUGCCUGAGAAAGAUGUUGUGGCAUGUAAUGCUUUGAUUGCCGGGUUGGCGAAAAGCGAGGAUCCUAAGGAAGCAGUGGAGUUUUUUAGGAGGAUGCAAUGUUGGGGGAUGGGGGUGAAUUUAGUGAGCUUGUUUAACUUGGUUCCAGCAGUGUCUAGAUUGGGGGAUAUUGAUUCUUGUAGGUGUAUUCAUGGGUAUGUGGUUAGGAGGGAGUUGGGUUCAGAGGUUUCAAAUGGGUUGGUUGAUAUGUAUUGCAAGUGUGGAGAUGUGGAUGUUGCUCGCAGGGUUUUCGAGAUGGUGCAGGGUGGUGGUGAUGAUGGUGGUGUUUUGUGGGGGACAAUGAUGGCGGGGUACGCGAGUAAUAGAUGUUUUGUUGAGGUUUUGGUGUUGUUUGAUUGCUUGAAAGGGGAGGGGUGUAGAAUGAAUAAGGUUUGCAUCAUGAGUGCACUUUUGGCUGCUACUGAGAUGAGAGAUUUGGAGAAAGGGAGGGAGAUCCAUCUUUGUGCUUUAGAAGUAGAAGUCGAUUCUGAUGUUUCGGUUGCUACUUCUAUAAUGACCAUGUAUGCAAAAUGUGGAGAAAUAGAGAAAGCAAUGCAAUUGUUUGAGAGACUUGGGGAAAGAGAUUUAGUUGCUUGGUCUGCACUUAUAUCUGCUUGUGUCCAGUCUGGUUUUCCUGAAGUGGCAUUGUCUCUCUUUCGAGAUAGGCAGAAUGAAAAUCUCAAACCAUGUGGCAUAACAUUGGUCAGCGUCCUUGCAGCAUGUGGGGAGCUUUCAUAUCUGAAAUUUGGUAAGAGCAUACAUUGCUAUGCUGUUAAGGCUGAUAUUGAUUCUGAUAUUUCUACUGGGACAGCCCUAGUCUCCAUGUAUGCUAAAUGUGGAUUCUUUACUCCUGCCUUGAUUAUAUUCAACAGAAUGCCAUCUAAAGAUGUUGUGACGUGGAAUGCACUUAUAAAUGCAUAUACCCAAAUAGGUGAUGUCUACCAUGCUAUUGAUAUGUUGGAUGAGUUAUGGUUGUCUGGAAUAAAACCUGAUGCAGGAACGAUGGUGGGUAUGGUCUCGGCUUGCAGCUUAUUAAAUGAUCUAAAUCAUGGUACUUGUAUUCAUGGACAAAUUAUAAAGAAUGGGUUUGAACAUGAUGCACCUUUGAAAAAUGCUCUUAUUGGCAUGUAUUGCAAAUGUGGUGACAUUUCGUCAGCUGAAUUUCUAUUUAAUAGAACAAAAUUAAUGAAAGAUGUGGUAUCCUGGAAUGUAAUGAUUGCAGGAUACAUGCAGGGUGGAUAUGCCAGGGAAGCUAUAUCUGUGUUUCACCAGAUGAAAUUAGAGAACUGUCAGCCUAAUUUAGUCACAUUUGUUAGCAUCCUUCCUGCAGUGGCAUAUCUAGCAGCAUUACGAGAGGGCAUGGCUUUUCAUGCCUGCAUUAUCCAGAAUGGGUUUCUAUCUAAUACACUUGUGGGAAAUUGUCUUAUUGACAUGUAUGCUAAAUGCGGACAGCUCGAUCAUUCAGAAAAAUGCUUUGAAGAGAUGGAACUCAAGGACAAAGUUUCGUGGAACACAUUGCUUGCGGCGUAUGCAAUGCACGGACAAGGGGAUCAUGCUAUUGCACUUUUAUCGCUGAUGCAAAAGAGCUGUAUCCAACUUGAUUCUGUGUCAUUCAUCAGUCUCUUGUCUGCCUGCAGACAUGCGGGUUUGAUAAAAGAAGGAAAGGAAGUUUUUCAGGUCAUGUGUGAAAAGCACCAUCUUGAACCAGAGUUGGAACAUUAUGCUUGUAUGGUAGAUCUUCUAGGCCGUGCUGGUUUCUUUGAUGAAGCUUUAGAUUUGAUUAAUACGAUGCCCAUGGAGCCUGAUGCCGGAGUCUGGGGAGCAUUAUUAGGGGCAUGCAGGAUGCAUUCAAAUGCAAAGUUGGGAGAAGUUGCGUUGAGUCAUCUUGUUAACCUUGAGCCUACAAAUGCAACCAAUUACAUAGCUUUAUCAGAUAUACAUGCACAUUCUGCUAGAUGGGGUGAUGCUUGCAAGACAAGAUCAAAGAUGAAGAGCUCUGGGUCGAAGAAAAUGCCAGGAUGUAGUUGGGUAGAGGUCCAAAACAGGGUUCAUACGCUACAGGCGGGUGACUACAACUACCGCCAACUUGGAACAGAGAGCUGAGAGAUGAAUGCAAGUUAAUCGGCGUAUUCUAUAGGUCAUUACAGAGAGCAGUUGACAGAAGAAUUUAUCUUCUUACCUAUGGUAACACAUAUGGAUCUCCUACUGGAGUCUGGCAUUUUCCAGAAAUAGCUUACGAGUCUGAGGGGACAUUGUGGAAGUCUGCAGGAUCUACAUAAGUCUGUCCUACACAUAUAUUUUUUGGAAAUACUCUUAUGGGCCCUUUGCGAUGGAGUUAUCAGAGAAUUUUACCUAUUCUCACUCUCCAUCUUUUAAGCAAUUCCUUCUUAAGUCUCAAGUGAAUGCGAUGAAGAAGUUAAAAAUUGGGAAGUGUGAGGAUUUUGUUUGGGUGACCAAGGAUGGAUUGAUGGAAUGUUUUCCCGAUCUUGAAGAUUCAUUUUGUGAAUAUGCCUAGCUUUUUCUACCAUACUUUCAUCAGAUUGUGCAUAAAGAUAUACCAGUGUGUCGUUUGUCAUACAGAGGCUGAAAAUCUCGUAAAUGAUCAAUCAGGAUUCAGGAGUCGGGCACUCAUUUUUGGAACCCCACGUGACAAGAGCUAGGAGCUAAAAGUUUUGCUAUUUACUUGCUGUAGUAUGCUCCCAUUUAAGCUUUUCAGGUCAUCUUGAACCAGCAGAUCAGUUGGAACAUUAUGCUUGUUUGGUAGAUAGAUCUUGUCAACCCUGCUUGUUUAUUCAAUGAAGCUUUAGCUAUAAUUAAUUCAGCGGCGAUGAAUCUUGAUGCCGGAGUAUAGGGGAGCGUUAUCAGGGGAAUACAGUGCAUUGCAAUGUGAAGUUGGGAGUAGUAGCGUUGAGUCAUCUUGUUAAAGCUUUAUCCUUCAAAUGCUACUAAUUACUCAUCUUUAUCAGGUAUACACGCGCAUUCUGCUGUGAUGAAUAGCCAUGAUCGAAAAAAAGGCCAGGAUGUAGUUGGGUGAGGGUCCAAAGCAGGCUUCAUACAUUUCAGGCAGGUUACUACAACUAACCCCGACUAGGAGCUGAGAGCUAAGAGCAUGUGAAUUUGCUCUGGAAAAUUUUACAAAGAUCGCCAGGACCUAAGAGAGCUGCACAAUGCAGAUUAUCAUACAAUGUCUGUGGAAUGAGUACUCGGGCGUAGUUGAAAGGAGGACUGAAGCUUUGCAAUGUUGCUGAAAUUCCCAAUUUCAUUCAGGCGGAGAAGUGGUUUUAGUCCAACUGAAUGGCAUCACAAAGAUAUUGAUGAUUGACAGAGUGGCAUUUGGUGACUUGGCCCUUGUUAAGAAUUAGGGGUCAGCAAGAGAAAAGAAGUUGGAUAGGCACUAAAAACAUGACUUCACAAUUUAUUGAAAAUCCGAAUGCACUCACAUAAUGUUGUCU